CCUUCCUCCCGUCUCGCCCCUUCCUUCCCCACAAUUCUUUGCGCUCCUGCAGCCUCUUCCUUUCCUUUUUUUCCGGGCGCCGCUGACGCUGCCAUGGGAGUCGACAUACGCCACAACAAGGACCGGAAGGUUCGACGCAAAGAGCCUAAGAGUCAGGAUAUCUACCUUCGCCUCCUGGUUAAGCUCUACAGAUUUCUUGCUCGACGGACCAAUGCAAAAUUCAACAAGGUGAUUCUGAAACGGCUCUUUAUGAGCCGCACCAACAGACCUCCACUGUCUGUUUCCCGCAUGAUCCGGAAGAUGAAGCUCCCAGGCCGGGAGAACAAAACUGCUGUCGUGGUGGGUACAGUGACCGAUGAUGUUCGCAUCCAGGAAAUCCCCAAACUGAAGGUAGCUUGGUUUGGCGCCCUGAGAGUGACCCGAGGAGCCCGUACCCGCAUCCUGAAAGCUGGUGGCCAGAUCAUGACUUUUUGACCAGUUGGCCCAUGGCUGCCCCCAAGGGGCCAAGGAACUGUGCUGCUUUCUGAACCCAGGAAGGCUCGCGAAGUUUACAGGCAUUUCGGCAAGGCCCCUGGAACCCCACACAGCCACACUAAGCCAUACAUCAGAUCCAAGGGCCGCAAGUUUGAGCGGGCUCGAGGUCGCCGUGCCAGUCGAGGCUACAAAAACUAGAUUGGAUUAUUUGAAGGCUGUGGUGUGCUGGAUUAAAUUUGCUAUUCUGAAUAUAGAUUAAAAA